AAUUAUUUCGUUUCAGGGAGGAGACUGUGAAGAUUGUUCUAAGUUCUACCAUUACCCGGCUAUAUAUAUACAUGCGUAAUUGAUGAUAGCUAGCUGGCUGUGUGAGUUGUUUAAUUAAGGAAUUGAAGAUGAAGAAGAUAUCAACACUCUGCGGUUUUCACUUGGCUGAACCGCCAUUUCAUCAUCCUCCGUCCUCUGAGCACACUGAUGCUGAAAGUCCUCCUCCUCUGAACGAAGGCAAAACGCUGCAGGAUCACCGACGCCUAUAUCAGGCCGCCAAAACCGGCGACUGGAAAACCGCGAAAGAGAUUCUCGGCGGCAAUCCAGAUUAUGUUCGUCAGAGGAUCACAACCGGAGGGGAAACAGUUCUCCACAUCGCCGCUGCGGAAAAGCACACAUUAUUCGUAAAGAAGCUGGUGGAGAUGCUAGGCGCAAGCGACUUGUUGCUGAAAGACGACAGAGGAUGCACUGCACUAUAUCACGCCGUGACAUCGGGGGUUGUGGAGAAUGCGAAGGUGAUGAUAAAGAAGAAUUCGGAGCUGCUAACAAUCCGGACAUAUGAUGAGAUCAGCCCAAUCCAGUAUGCGGCUUUGUUAGGACAUAAGGAAAUGGUUUCUCACCUCUACAAAACUUACUCACCUUUCGCGGUGUUGCCAUACUGGGAAAUCGAAGACUUUCUCAAGACCAUUAUUCUCAACGAUAUGUACGAUGUGGCAUUAGAUAUCUUAAAGAAGGAAAGAAGUUUAGCUUUCGCCGAAUUCGAAGGGAAUCAAUGCUUGUUAAAUUUGUUAGUUCGAAAGCUCCAAGCACUCACCGACGAAAAGGAAGAAUGGAAUUGGGGAAAAUUUAUUGGGGCACAUGCCUUUACCAAAACAGUGUACAAAGCUAUUCAGGAAAAAUCUUCAGCAAGGAAGAAAGCUUACGAGUUACUUGAAACGAUCUGGGUUGAAUAUCGUAGUUUACCAGCUUGUACGUUUAAGAAUACAAUCAGGAGUCAAGAGAUACUUCACUAUGCUGCAAAAGAAGGAAAUGCUAAGUUUCUGGACAUGAUUCUUCAGAGGAAUCCUGAUCUCUUGUGGGAGCUGAAUGAAAAGGGGCAGAGCAUUCUCCAUGUCGCUGUAUUGCAUCGACAAGAGAAAGUCGUCCAUUAUAUACGCACUAAACAAGGUUAUAAAGAUUUCAUCACUCUCCUCGAAGACAAUGACCGCAACAACAUUUUGCAUUUAGCCGCGAUGACUGCAACAACAUUUCUCAAAGAUCAGGAUGGCUCAUUAUCUCAGAAGGAGAAGAAGAAGGUUAUGCCACAAUCACUUCCCCGGUUAUCCACAGCAGCCCUUCAAUAUGAAAGAGAGAUUUCAUGGUUUAAGGAGAUGGAGAAGAUGGUGCCAAAUUCAUUCCGCGACAGGAUAAAUAAGAAUGAUAAGACCCCAAAGCAAUUAUUUGCAGAAGAGCACAUUUCACUAAGGAUAGAGGGUGAGAACUCCAUUAGAGACACAGCAAGUUCAUGCAUGCUGGUGGCGACCUUAAUCGCCACAGUGGCGUUUGCCGCCGCCUUCACCGUACCAGGCGGUAACAGUGACGCCACAGGCAUCCCAAAUUUCAUAAAACAAACAAGUUUUACGGUUUUCACAAUAUCGGAUGCGGUGGGGAUGAUCUACUCAAUGGUGUCGAUUGUCAUGUUCUUAUCCAUCCUAAUUUUGCGUUACACGGAGGAUAAUUUCCACGUGGCAUUGUCUAGAUUGUUGUUUGGACUGGGGGCACUGUGUGUUUCAGUAGGUGGGAUGCUGGUUGCUUUUACCGCCGCCUUCUUUGCGGUGUAUAACAAGGCAUGGCAGUCGAUUCUGAUUGCUGUGUUUGCGGGUGUGCCCGUGGUGCUGUUUUUGUCCCUCAAUUCUGAGUUGUGGUUUGACUCAAUUUCGUCCUUAUGGCGUAACGUGUAUCUGCGUUACCGCAAUUUGAAGCUGGGGAUUAAAGCUCAGGGCACAUGAGCCACACGCGACACGCCCACACAUAUGUUUCUGUCUACAUGCAUUAUAUUUUAUAGAUUUUAAAAUCAUACUAAAUGUAAAUUGUAUAAGCAAAUUACUACCAAAAUUAAAGUAUGUGUAUAUAUAUUAUUGUUAACUGUGGAUCAACACCCAUCAUCUCCACGUAGCCAGCCAACCAUUUAACCAUCAUCCUUCCUGCAUUCCUCCAUCAUCCAUCAUCCGCACGUUGUCUCCAAAUAGGUCAGAACUUUGGUUGCAGUAAUUGCAUCAUCAUUCAAUAUUAAUCAAUUCAUCA